AUGUUGGAGCCAGAAAAAGCACAGCAGUGUGUGGUGGUGGAAGAUGCCCGUGCAACGCUUGACAUAGAAACCGUGAGGGAGGAGUAUAUUGUGAACCCUGCCAGUGUUGAACUUUCUCAGGUUCCUGCUUCUCAUUCUCCAUCUGCAGAGCAGAACGCAGUGGAAGACUCUAUUUCGGCCGGUAGUAUCCGAGGUAAGAUUGGAUACUUUUUCAUGUAUGCUGGGUUUUCAGCCUCACCGUACUAUGGUAUUUUGCUUGAGCACAAGGGUUUUACACCUUUGGCUGUCGGGACCGUCAUCGCUUUCAUGCCACUCAGCACCCUUGUAGUACUUUCCCCGUUGUCGUAUUUAGCAGACAGAUACCAUUGUGCAAUGAAAAUUCACCUAUGUGCUGCAGCUGGCUCAGCGUUGUUUCUUUUCUUUGUUAUUUCCACUUCUUCCCACAUUAUUAUUGGAAUUCUCCUUGUGCUGCAUUUUACAUUCCGCACACCUGUGGGACCCUUUAUGGAUCAACGAACCAUGUCUAUUUUACCUCCGGAUCGAAAACCAGAGUGGGGGCCGAUGCGCUCCUAUGGGGCCUAUGGAUGGGCGUUUGGCGCCUUAACUAUUUCUUUGCUUAUUGGUUGGCGUGACUGGUGGGGACUGGCCUUGAUGUAUAUUAUGGGUAUGGCUAUUUCGAUGUACUUUGCCUUUACCAUUGUACCAUACGAUGAACCUGGGCGUGCUCAAAAGAACUACUUUGAAGUUCUACGCUAUGUGGCGUCGCACCAUCGAUUGUUGUUGUUUCUUUCAGCACUUUGUUGUAUGGGUAUGGGUUACGCCCUCAUCAGCACGUUUUUGUUUGUCUUUCUUGACACUAUUAACGCCCCACCAAUCCUACUUGGCCUUUCUGUUGUCAUGACAGUUGUUGUUGAGAUCCCGCUGUUUCAAUGUUCCAAGUACAUUCACGAGUAUUACACGGAUCGGCAACUCCUUUGUGUAUCAUUCGUAGCAUGGUCUUUUCGAGUGACUGGAUACUCAUUUCUCUACAACCCUUGGCUCGUGUUAUUUCUUGAGCCAUUGCAUGGUUUUACGUUUGGCCUCAUGUGGUUGUCUGGCAUGCACUUUGUACGACAUGCCUUCCCCAAAUCGCUUUCCCAUUCCUCCAUCGGAUUUCUUAGUGUCACCGCGUUUGGCAUUGGACCAGUCAUUGGUAACCUUGUCGGUGGAACACUAUACCAACGCUUGGGUGCACGUAGCAUGUUUCGGCUAAUGGCAAUAUUCAUGCUUAGCAUUAGUCUUGGUUUCCUUCUGUUUGACAGGUACUUGGAACGCCACGGGUAUAAAGUUAAGCUGGAAGAAGAGGAGCAAGUGAUGUCGGAUGGCGUCAUAGUGGAGAGUCCUGUUCCUGCAAUGACGGAAGAUGCGAGGGAAUGA